AUGCCUGCCCCACCCGACCCCGCCCGCAUCACCGCACACCAGCGCGACAUCCACAACUGCAUCGUGCAGCUGAUCGAGACGGGCAACGAUGCAGCAGCGGCCAGCGAGGCAGUGCGCCUCAUCCGCAACAACCGGCACAUUCCGCUGGCCGGAAAGAAUCUGUUCCGUCGGCUGGCUGCCUAUGCGCGCCGCCUGUCGUCUGAGCAGAAGCUGCGCAUCGUCACGGCCAUCCUCGCCCAUCAGGCCGCGCUCGCCAACGAGAUCGACGAGCACCCACACCAAAGCGGCCAGGUGGCGAUCCACCACUUCAGCCAGUACCCGUCCUAUUCGACGGGCAUCAGGUGGAGCUUCUGCGCUUGCUGGUGGCCAAGGGAGGGGCAGGCAUCGUCAGCCUGCGGGACGACAACGACCGCCUGCCGCUGCACCACAACGAGGUGGCUGUGCGAGAACGGGGCGGCGGCAGACAUCAACAGCCCCAACGGCGGCCUCACCCCUCUCCGGCUCGACGCCAACAAGAACGACCCGGCCUGGGGAAGCCUGCUCACCGCCGUCUGACGCUGCUGGAGAUGGGGGCAUCGGUUGCUGCGGCGGAUGUGCGGCCACUGCCAGUGCCGCAUCGGGUGCUGUGGGAGGAGAAAAUCCUGGGAGGAGAAGAUCCUCGAGGCCUACCGCCACCAUCUCGAGUGGGACCUCAUCAAGCGCAUCCUCGCCCAGUCAGCCUGUGUACCGUCGUGAAUCGCGCCAUUCGCGACGAGGCGCGGCGGUAUGGGCUCACCCUCGGGCGCAUCAGGGGGCAGAGCAGCGAUGCGGCCAGCAACGGGGCUGGGUGGGACUGGAGGAGGC